AUGGCGGGUACACGAGGCGAUUGGGCUUGCAGUUCAGGCUCCAGCUCGAGAACAAAGGACGACGAUGGUGAUAAUGGAUAUUGCUCCAAUGGGACUGUGAACCGUCUCUUCGGUCACGCGAUGCACCAGUAUGUCAAUUUGGAGGACAGUGUCAAAGACCUCCAACAGCGAUCGACCCUCACCCGAAAAGAUGUCGACUUCAUCGAGAAAGAUGUCAACAGGCACGAAAAGAGGCUCAUCAGAAUCGAGGAGGACCUCCCCGAUCUACGCACAGAAGGACAACGAAUUGAAAGGAAAAUCGAGGAAGAGACGAAGCGUCUAGUCGACGAGAACGGGCAGUUGAAAGAGAAGUUGGAAGGCGGUUUCGAGAGGCUGAAAGAGUUGGAGGAGAGGAUGAAGGAAAGGGUGGGGCAGUUGGAGGAAAGGGUGGAGGAGAUGAGUGAUCGCUUGGAGGAGGUGGAAGUGAAAGGGAUGUUGCUGGAGGACCGGCAAGCGGAUGUCGAGAAGGCGUAUAAGAGGGAUAAUAGGGCUAGGCUGUUGAUUUUGGUGGUUAUCACGGCUCUCGUCGUUCUGUGCUGCUAA